GACUGUUUCUAGCUACAGUCAUUUGCCUGUGUUAUCUUUUGUGUAGAACUGGAGCAGCUGAGAUAAAUUACGCACACUCCGGAAAACGUCUUCACUCAAUGAUAUUCUUCUGGUGCCAUUACUAAAGAUCCUUUGGAGAAGUUACCAAGGCAGGGAAACCCAAUUCGUUCCUCGCUCUUUGCGCGUUGAGACCUCUCGAGGUUGAUGGUUUUGCUGUCGCCGUUUCCUGUUAGCGCUCUCAUCCUGCGCCCCGUGGACAUGCUUGAUUCCUGUUCCUGUUCUCCGAGCUGACAGCGACGGCUUCAGUCAUCACCCAGGAAACCACACGGGACGCAUGGCAGGUUUAGCGCGGAGCGACCAUGUAGCCGUCCUGACACGAAGCACGCUGUACGUCUGGGGCGGAUGCCAGUAUGUGGACGGAGAAGAGCUUACGUUACCCAGUGAUGAGAUCUGGCUUUAUGAUAUGGAGAGUGGACUAUGGGCUCACAGGGGAAUGGGUGGGGAGGUACCUCCUCAUCUUUCUCAGACAUGUGGCUCAUUCCUCCAGGGUAUGCUCUACGUUUUCGGGGGCUGUGAUGGUAGAGGUCCCACUAAUCAGAUGUACUGUGUAGACCUACAGGAUGAAAAAUACACCUGGAGGAAGAUGGGAGCCAGAGCAGGGGCCCCUCCCUCCCCCAGAGACAGGCACUCCUGCUGGGCCUAUACGGACAGGCUUAUCUACUUUGGUGGAUACGGAUGCAAAACAGCCAGCGAGGUCAACGACUUUAAGAGUUUUACAGUGGAUGAGGCAUCAUGGCCGACUGCCGGCGAUGUGCUCUUCAGGUUCUGGGGCUGGAAUAACGAGGUCCACGUCUUCGAACCUGACUCGGCCACGUGGACCGAACCACGGACCCAGGGCCAGCCUCCAGAGCCCAGGUCUUCGCAUGCCAGCGCCUGCCUGGACAGUAGGGGCUACAUCUGUGGGGGGCUGGAAAGGCAGACUAUAGACAUCCACUGUUUGGACCUAGUCACAUGGACAUGGACACACAUCGACCCAGUGUCUGUUCCCCUCCCCAUGGGCCGUUCUCUGCACACUCUCACCCCUUCCUCACCCAGCACCCUCUUCCUCUUUGGUGGCCUCAGCACCUCGGGCCAGGUCCUCAGCGACGGCUGGGAAUUCGACACUGUGAAGGGGGAUUGGAGGCAGAGGCAGCAUCUGCAUACAGACAAGCCCAGGCUGUGGCACUCGGCCGCGCAGGGUAAGGACGGUGAGGUGGUGGUGUUCGGGGGAAGCCGCGACUACGUCCUGGUCACGGAUUCGGUGAUGGUGCUGAGAUCUCCGUCUCAAAGCCACUGUGACGACGUGCUAGUGUUUCAGACACAGCCCUACUCUCUCUCCAGGUUGUGUGAGGACUGCAUAGGCAAACACGUGUGCGCGUUGGAGGAGCAGGUGUUGAACUUGCCCGCGAGAAUCCAGUUGACGCUUCAGAAGAGGAUGACGUACUUCAGGACGCGCGUGAAACCCGAGCAGAGCAGUGUGAUGUGAGCUCCCGUGAACCUGCAUUCCAUCGUACUUUACCUGGCUGGCCUGGUCACCUCUGCUGCAGUGUUACUGCAUUCAGGAGUUAUUGGCAGGCUUUACUCUCGUCGCGUAACAGGAUGUUACGCAUGCACAGCAUCAUCUACAUAAAACAUUAGAAAUGCGUUGGUUUUACCAGAUCAUGGGGAACGGUAUAAGGUUUAAUUAAAGUACUUGGUGUAGAUCCAUAGCAAAAAUAAAGGGCAAACUGCAUACAGAGUGCGGCUGACUCAUUAAAAAGUAUACGCAAUUAUAAUUAAUCUAAAAAGAUACAACUGCUUAUCAAAUUAACAAAUGGAUUUUUUGAAGCAUGUUGAAACAGGCAUAUAUUUACACCAUCUUCACUGACCCUUAUCGGGUGGGUGUUACAAACCACUGACAUCUCGGACAACAUCACUUAAACACUACAUUUAACUGCUUUAAUCACCAAUUUAUUAUUCAAUAUAAUUAUGGUUUGGAAUGCUUCUUUACAAAAUGAACUUACAAUGAAAGGAUAAGUCACUGAUUAUAUAUA